AUGUAUAUAAAUCUAAUAAUAACCCCUUCCAUCCCUCUCUCACCCUCCAGCUUCCACCCGGGCUACCUAACAGCCGAUCGCCUCGCCAAAGCCAAAAACCUCAAGCUCGCCAUAACCGCCGGCGUCGGUUCCGACCAUGUCGACCUCAACGCCGCCAACAAGACAAACGGUGGCAUCACCGUCGCCGAGGUAACAGGCUGCAACGUCGUCUCCGUCGCCGAGCAUGUCGUCAUGACCAUCCUCGUGCUCGUGCGCAACUUCGUCCCCGCCCACGAGCAAAUUGCCGCCGGUGACUGGAACGUCGCCGCCGUAGCUAAGAACGAGUAUGACCUCGAGGGCAAAGUCGUUGGGACUGUGGCAAUUGGACGCAUUGGGGAGAGGGUGCUGAGGAGGCUGAAGCCGUUUGAUUGUAAGGAGUUGCUGUAUUAUGACUAUCAGCCGUUGAGUCCGGAGGUGGAGAAGGAGAUUGGGUGUCGGAGGGUGAAUUCGUUGGAGGAGAUGUUGGCGCAGUGUGAUGUUGUUACGAUCAAUUGCCCAUUGCAUGAGAAGACGAGGGGACUGUUUGAUAAGAAUCUCAUCGCGAAGAUGAAGAAGGGCUCCUGGCUUGUCAACACCGCCCGCGGCGCCAUCGUCGUCAAAGAAGACGUCGCCGAAGCCAUCAAAUCCGGCCACCUACGCGGCUACGGCGGUGACGUCUGGUUCCCCCAACCCGCACCCGAAGACCACCCGCUUCGCUAUGUCCAGGGACCUUGGGGAGGCGGUAAUGCGAUGGUCCCGCAUAUGUCUGGCACGUCCAUUGAUGCGCAGGUUAGAUAUGCGGAGGGCGUGAAGAGUAUUUUGGACGAGUACUUUUCUGGCCGGCAGAAUUAUAGGCCGCAGGAUUUGAUUGUGCAUAAGGGAGAUUAUGCGACCAAGGCGUAUGGGGAGAGGAAUAAGAUGUGA